UGUUCAUAUAUUUAUAUCUGCGACUUGUUAUUAGCCAGCAAAACAAUGCUUCUUGCUUAAAUGCUGCACGUUUUCAUACAACUUGUAUUUUGUUUAACAUAUACGAGUACCCGAGCAACCCGACUACGCUCUCAGUAUUAUUCUUAAUUUUCCUCGUUCCGUUAAAUAACCCCACCUGUCAAAGUCAAGCUAGUCCGUUAGCUUGUAGUAACUAGCCACUGUACAGCAGGUGGACGAGGUUAUGCGACGCUUACAGCUUUAAUGGUGGCAACAUAAAGAAAAGGAUCGUUAAUGGCAGCUCGGCAACCCUUCACAGACUCGGAUACUGCAGAUGAAGCAGUGAGGGCGACCUGUGACGAUGCAACCACAUGCAAAAGGUUUGCUACCAGUAAAGGUUACUGGAAGGACCCCUAUAUCCAGUAUUUCGCAAGAUCUGUAGGGGAGCGGAAGGCACCUGAAAUCAAUAGAGGUUACUAUGCCCGCGUUCAAGGGGUUAACCAUCUCCUUGACGCAUUUAUAAGAAAAACAGAGUGCGACUGUCAAGUAAUCAACCUGGGCGCUGGACUGGACACUACGUUUUGGAGACUUAAGGAUGAAAACCUCAUGCCACGGAAGUUCUUUGAAGUUGACUUUCCAACAGUUGUGGCCAGGAAAAUACACAAUAUCAAGACAAAACCGCCUCUGUCCAAACCCCUCAUCGAAACCCACUCAACAGACUCCUUACUACUAGAUGCCCACAGCCUUGACUCAGACCGUUACUGUAUUAUUGGAGCGGACCUCAGAGACAUCUCUAGCUUGGAUGAAAAACUGAAGAAGUUCCAGCUGAAUCCAGAAUUACCUACACUGCUCCUGUCAGAGUGUGUUCUGGUCUACAUGACGCCCUCCCAGUCCUCCAAUGUAGUUCACUGGGCUGCAGAGACCUUCCACACCGCCAUGUUCAUCAACUACGAACAGGUGAACAUGAGUGAUCGAUUUGGCCAGGUGAUGAUCGAGAACCUGCAGCGUCGCCAGUGCACCCUGGCAGGAGUGGAGGCCUGCCAGUCACUGGACUCUCAGAAGGAACGGUUUCUUAAGACAGGCUGGGAGCAUGCUGACGCUCUGGACAUGAUGACGGUUUACAGUAUGCUGCCCCAGGAGGAUGUGGGAAGAAUCGAGCGUCUGGAGUUUCUGGAUGAGAGGGAGCUGCUGCAACAACUUCUUCAACACUACAGCAUCUGCUGGGCCACCAAGGACAAGCUCAACCUGGGUCUGUCGCAGUUGGCAUUUUGAGUGUGAAACCGCUCAGCCGUUGGACAUGAUUUAAUAUGUGUGUACGCCAAAAUCAACAGCAGGAGAAGGAGCGGGAAAAGGAGAAGUUGGGAAAGAGGAAACCCCGUAUUCUCCGUCAAGCUCUCGUCUGGGAGCUGUUCCGGGGCAAAAACUCCUGGCAUCAGCAGAAUGUGAUUUGACGAGCAUCCUUUGUGACCCCGCAGGUCUCCAAGAUGCGAGGCUGAGAAUUGUGACGAGGUUUGUCUCUACACUGGCACAGAGUUACAGACUGUAAAAAAAGAUCAAGAUGCUUUCAGACAAAUUUUGUCUGUGACUUCACAGUCACUUAAACACAAAUAUGAUUUCAAAAUCUGCUCACCUGUGUUGGAUUUUAAUGUUUGUUCUUUUCUGCUUUUUAUGUGCCACUUUGAUUUUAUUUAUUAAUCAGUUGUACUUUCACACCCAUUUUCUUACAAAACACACACCAACGCAUGCGAUAUAACUAGUGUCAAACUGCAAGAAAUGCAUUACAUCACAAUCAUCGAUUCAUUUAUAUUUGUCUGUAAAACAUUUUCUAUUCUUGAGUCUAGUUUGAAACAGCAAAGAGGACACACAGAUUAGUUUGUGACAGAUUAUAUUUGAUGAAGAAUGUGAAAGUGCUGUUAAAUAAAAAAAGUCUCUUUGUGUAAGACUGU